AUGUCUAAUGGCAUGGAGGAUAUUGAACCCAUCGACGGAGUGGCCACCACUCAGAUUCCACAAUCAACUACGACUGAUCAAUUGUGAGUUCCUAUUCAUUUCUAAAAGUUCAAAAGUACUUCUGGAAGCCUCGAAACUCCAGAAAAGGUGUACGCACCGCAUAGCUGCUUAUCGCGGCGCGCCGUUUUGUUUCGUUUCCUCCGCUUUUGUGCGGCCUACUAGUCUCCGCAGUCACUUUCCAACACUCUCUUUUCCUGCUGCGUCUCCUACUUUUAUGUUCGACUAACCAAAAAGGUGUUUUGAAUAGUUUUCAAAAAGGCGGGGGUCAAUGACUCUGCUCUGAUCAUUGCAUUUUUUUCCAUCGACAUGGAGAGAUUAUUGUGGAGUUAAGUAUACUAUAGAGUAACCGCAGAUAACUCAACGGGGUACGAAUAAGGCACAUUCAAAACCGGAAAGAGUGCCAAAUUCACCGAGAAUAACCGCUAGAUUGCGCCGAUCAGAGCACCACGAGCCUGCAAACAGGGAGCUGCAGGCGCUCCUGUCUCCGGACCCCACGAACGCCGUGCGGCGCGCGGAAGCCCUUCCUAUCGUGGCAUAACCAAGCAUCCGACAUCUCACUACUUGCGCCCUACGCUAUACUUUGCAUUGUGAACGAUCCAGUUGCAGGAUCGUCGAGAAUAACAAAAGCACGGGUGACACACUGUCGAAUGUGAUCGUUGAGAAUUGGAUCUUCGCGCCGAUCGCAGUCACAAUUCAGAAAAUGAACGUUACCAAAACAACGCAAGUGUUCCAUUUGGCAGAGAAAGAGACAAAGACACAAUUCCUAUUUGAAGUGAGACAACCGAAUUGAACGGUUUCGAUUCUUUAUUCUUCAGGCUCUCAUUCCCUUCCUCUUCGCCGGAUUCGGUCUCAUUUUAGCCGGGGUCAUGCUGGAAUCGGCAGAAGGAUCCGAGUUUUUCAGUGUGCUCCCGGACGCAGUCAUUAUGGUGCCCACUCUGGUGGGGUUGAAGGGCAACCUGGAAAUGACCCUUUCGUCCAGGUUGUCUACGUUGGUGAGUGAGAAACUAACUAAACUGGGUUCUGAUCGAACGGUUCAGGCAAAUCUUGGUUUCAUGGAGACCAGAAGGGACAAGAUGAACGUGGCGCUCUCGAAUAUGGCACUCAUUCAGUGCCAAGCCAUCGCGGUCUCCUCCCUCGCAGUUAUUCCCGUUCUGUUCAUCGGUGAACAGAAGGUUCGUUCCCUCCCAAGCACUUCGAGUCCCUCCCUUCCUUCCAGAUUUCUUUCGACGACACGUUAUGCCUGCUGCUCUCGGCCGUCGUCACCGCUUCCCUUGCCUCCCUCGUUCUUUCUCUUCUCAUGGUCGCCGUUGUGAUUGCUGCUCGUCGCUGGAAGCUCAAUCCGGACAACAUCUCGACGCCGGUGGCAGCUUCGCUCGGUGACGUUUCCACUCUUUACAUCCUGGUUCGUUUCGGGCAUUCCCUCGGAAAUAGACCAUCCUUCUUGUCUUGCAGUUGAGCGUGGGCACCCUUGUGUGUCACAUGAGGGACUUACAUAUCACAUUACUCAUUGUCAUCUUGCUCUUUUUUUACGCCAUCGGCAUCAUCGGAGCAGUCAUAGCGGCCGAGGAUAGAUUCACUUUGGAGGUAGCGGAAUAGCAAGUACUGAAAUGAAAUGCCUUUGAAGUUCAGGUGUUGAAGAAUGGAUGGUGGCCCAUUCUGUGCGCGAUGGUCAUCACAACGAUCAGUGGGCUCGUGCUCAAGAAGUCAAUGCAGACAUACCCUCCUCUUGCCGCCUUCCAGCCUCUCAUCAACGGCCUCGGAGGGAAUCUGGUGGCCGUUCAGGCCAGUCGCAUAUCGACCCAAUUGCACAGGGCGCGGAAGAAUCGGGAGGUCGAAGUGAGAGCACUUCAUCACUACUUGAACCCAUUCCGAGCGUUUUUUGGGAAAAGUUGAUCUUGAAAAGGGAGCUUGGAACUAAUUGAGUGCUUGCAGCUGAAGACGCGUCAGCAGCACAGAUUCUGCUGGGGAUCUCGAUGCCGUCCAACGUGCUCUUCAUCUUCAUCAUCUUCCUGUUCGGCGUCGGUUUCCACAACACUGCUCCCUUUACCGUUUCGUUCGUUCUAGUCUGUGCAAUCCAGGUGCUCUCUCCUUGCGGUCCUUUUUAUACUUUCUUUUCAGGUGAUCAUCCUCCUUUUCAUCUGCCAGAUUCUCGUCCGCGCCAUGUGGAUCUUGCGAAUCGACCCGGACAACUCGGCAAUUCCGUUCCUCACUGCCCUCGGAGACCUCUUCGGAUCCCUUCUGUUAAUUCUUUGCUUCUGGAGUCAGUGGAAAUAUUUUGGUCUUCCGGUAUCCGCCGAUCAGUACACUGGACACAAAUUCGGUCAUUAG